GAAAACCUUGCAAUAAUUUUGCAAGGUUUUUUAAAAAUAUCUAAUUUAUCGGGGCUGCUUGACAAUUGCAGACCGAAACGUACCCAUGCCGUGCUAUAAAUCCAGUAUUUAGAUUUGUUAGAUCAAUAAAAUACACCUCGUUAACACUUUCCACAAAAAAACAAAACAAAAAACUCGUCUUUACGCUGAUUAGAGUGACAGCCCGUAUUCCUGCGCAGGCAGUAGUUUUCUGGGCAAAAGAUGUCUCUUUAAACACAGCGUGUCCUGGUGCUGACUAGUGAGUUUUCCCUCCCUCCUAUAUAAGCCCAGCGCUGCCCCUCCUGCUGCAGUCAGUUCUCCUCCGGCCUGGCCAACAUGAGUUACUCGGUGGAGCACCACUUCUUCGGCACGACCCCGUACCGCAAGGCUCGGCCUGCGUCCGUGUCCUCCAGCGGCUUUCAUUCCCAGCGCCGCCGCCCCACUUACAGCCAGCCGUCCUCCGUCGACAGCUUGGAGACCUUCAACGGCGACAUGACGCGACGGAGCGAGAAGGAAAUUCUGCAGACUCUGAACGACCGGUUCGCCGGCUACAUCGACAAGGUGCGAAACCUGGAGAUGCACAACCGCAAAUUGGAGGCGGAAGCGGCAGCUUUGCGGCAGAGCCAGGCCGGGCGCGCCUCUAUUGGCGAGCACUACGAGCGAGAGCUGGGCGACCUGAGGGGCCUCCUGCAGCAGCUGACCAGGGAGAAGGCCAGCGCGGCUCUGGAGCACGAGCAUCUGGAGGAGGACAUCCAACACCUGAGGACCAGACUGGAGGAUGAGGCGCGAAACCGGGAAGAGUUGGAGGCUGCCGCUCGCGCCAUGAAAAAGUACGUUGAGGAGUGCCGGCUGGCGCGUGUGGAUCUGGACAAGAAGCUCCGCGCCCUGGAGGAGGAGGACGCUUUUCUGAAGAAGAACCACGAGGAAGAAGUGGCCGAGCUCCUCGCGCAGAUCCAGGGCGCGCAGGUGAGCUUUGACGUGCGGGACGCGCUGAAGGCAGACAUCACCGGCGCACUGCGAGAGAUUCGCGCGCAGCUCGACAGUCAAGCAUCGAAGAGUUCAACGCACGCCGAGGAAUGGUUUAAAGUGCGUGUGGAGCGUCUGUCUGACGCUGCUAGGUCUAACCAGGAUGCCCUUCGCGGGUCCCAGGAGGAGAUCGCUGAGUACCGUCGUCAGCUCCAGAGUCGCACUAUUGAGCUGGAGACUCUUCGAGGAACCAAGGAGUCGCUGGAGAGGCAGCGUAUGGAGAGUGAAGACAGACACCAUGAUGACCUCAACUCACUACAGGAGACCAUCAAUCAGCUGGACAAUGAGCUGAAAACAACCAAAUGGGAGAUGGCCAGCCAGCUGAGAGACUACCAGGAGCUUCUGAAUGUGAAGAUGGCUCUAGAUAUUGAGAUUGCAGCUUACAGGAAAUUACUGGAGGGAGAAGAGAAUCGCUUCGUGUCGGGAGGCAGUCCAUACUCUUACCUGGAGAGCAGAAUCUCUACCCACUUCAAAGUGAAAGGAGAGGAAAUCUCAGACACGGUCAUUGUGGAGGAACAGACGGAUGAGACCCAGGUGACAGAGGUGACAGAGGAGGCAGAGGAGGAGGAAGAGGAGGAGAAGAAAGAAGCAGAAGAGGCAGGAGAGGAAGAAGAGGGAGGUGAGGAAGCAAAAGAAGAGGAGGGCGAAGGUGAGGCAGAAGAAGAAAAGGAAGAGCAAGGAGAGGGAGAAGAGGAGAAGGAGGAAGAAAAGGGAGAGGAGGAGAAGGGUGAAGAGGGUGAGAAGAAGGGAGAGGAGGAGGAGGCAGGUGAGGAGGAAGAUAAGUCCAAAUCUCCAGAGAAGGUUGCAUCCCCUCCUUCAAAGUCCCCUCAACCUAAAUCUCCUGCUGUCAAAUCACCAGAAUCUAAAUCGCCAGAAUCUAAAUCACCAGCCGCCAAAUCACCUGAUAAGUCACCUCCGGCCAAAUCUCCUGCUGGAGAUGAGUCAAAGUCACCUGCACCAAAAUCCCCUGAAUCUAAAUCUCCUCCUCCCAAGACCCCUGAACCAAAGUCUCCAGAAAAAGAGAAGGCCAAGCCUGUCGCUGCCAAAGACUCCUCUAAAGAGGAGAAGAAAGAGGAGAAGCCUCAACCUGUCAAGGAGGAGAAGAAAGAGGAAGAGCAACCUGUAAAGGAAGAGAAGAAGCAAGAACCUAAGGAGAAAGAGCCAGCAAAGGCAGACAAACCUGACACAAAGAAGGAGAGCAAAGCAGAUGAAGCACCAAAGACGGAUGACACCUCGAAACCUGCUGCUCCCAGCAAACCUGCAGAGGACAAACCUGCCCCCAAGUCUGAGCCUAAAGAGAGCUCCCCUCCUGCCAAGGAGGAGAAACCCCCGGCUCCUAAACCAGAGAAAGCCGAGCCUGAGCCUGCGAAGCCUGCCCCUAAAGCAGAGCCUGAGAAAACAGAGGACAAGAAGGAGGAGAAGAAGCCAGAAGAGAAGAAGCCAGAGGAGAAGAAGCCAGAGGAGUCAGCACCUAAAGCCAAACCUGAGAAAACAGAGACCAAGAAAGAGGAGAAGAAACCAGAAGAGAAAAAGGAGAGCAGUAAAGAGGAGGUGAGAGAAGGAGGGAAAUCAGAAAAAGCAGAGAAAUCUUCUGGCACUGAGUCAAAGGAGAGCAAGGAGGAGAAGGCCAAGAAGUAAGACUGAUAAGUUGUGAUUCCGAGCAUGAGGAGAGGAGGACGUGGAGAUGCCAAAGAACUGUGAGGGAGAAAAUAGCAGGAGAAAGCAGACGGACACAUGACUGUCCAAUGCAAAGCCGCUGAUGGUAUGUAAGCAAUAGUGAUUUCUGUAGCAAACAAUCCCCUGCUCCCUAAGUAUGGCCAUUACACACCCCUGAUGCUUCUGAUGUGUGACUGUAGUGAAUGCAGAAUGCUCUAAACUCUAUCUGAAUGUGACAACCGCCCUUAAUGAAUAACAAGUGCAUUUAAAGCGAAUCCCACCGUCAGGGGGUCGCAGGGGCCUGCUGUACCUACACAAGCCUUCAAGGGUAGAGAUGUCAAAACAAUGUAAAGCUAAAGAUUGUGACCGAUAUUGAAUAUUUAAGAAAAAUGUAUAUUUAAGCAGAUAUAAAUGUCUGUUAUAUUUACAGAUACAUAAACACGAAAGACUUGAAUUUUGCUUGUUGUGCACCUUAACGCAGCUUCUCCUGACAGGUGAACUGCAGCGUCUCACUCUUCUGAUCUGCGAUGCUAGGACAACAAUGACUGUGCUAUGUAUAAACUGCUGAGAAUAUGCAAUAUGAAACAGAUAAAUAAA